UCUCUCUCUCUCCUCCCCCCCCCACUUUCUCUAUCUAUCUCUCUGUAGGUUUUCCUCCGGUGAAUGAGAGAGAACCGGCGCGGAGAGGAGAGAGAGGGAUUCCGCCGUUCGGAUUAUAUAUCGGAGCUAAUGGAGCAGCCCGAAGAGGAGGAGCAGCUCGAGAGCUUCGACUCGGAGAGCUCCGGCGCGCUGUCGAUACUGACCAUCACCGAAGAUCCCACGAGCGCCAGCAGCUCCGGCGACCUCUGCUCCUCCAGCGGCCCCGGGAGCAGCGGCGGGAGCUCCGGCGAGAUCCCUGCGUGCGCGGAGGAGGCGGCGGCGGCGGCACCGAGCCUGCUAGCGGCGGAGCCAGCUCGGCCGAGGGAGGAGGGGCUGGCGGGGUCGACGGAGGCGGACGCCGCGGCGGCGGCGGCCGGGAAGCGGAAGUGCGUGGGGAGGAGCAACAGGGGAGUGGCGUGGGGGUCCACCUCGAUCAUCGGGCGGCGGAAGGAGAUGGAGGACGCCGUCGCCGUGGUGCCGGGGUUCAUGUCCCGCGCGUGCGACCACGUGGGCUGCUUGGCUCCCGGCUCGAGGAUCUCCGGCGAGAUCUCGCCCGUCCACUUCUUCGGCGUGUACGACGGCCACGGCGGCGCUCAGGUGGCCAAUUUCUGUGCUGCGCGGAUGCAUGAAGUUAUAGCCGAAGAAUGGAACAGGGAAGUAAUGGAUGGGUUCGAGUGGCAGAGAAGGUGGGAAGCAGCUUUUUCUACUGGUUUUGAGAGGGCUGACAGUGAAGUCAUGACUGAAGCGGCUGCACCUGAAAUGGUAGGAUCAACUGCGGUUGUGGUGAUUCUAUCCGGCUGUCAGAUAAUCACUUCCAAUUGUGGUGACUCAAGAGCUAUUCUUUGCCGUGGGACUCAAACAAUCCCCUUGACUGUUGAUCAAAAGCCAGAUAGACAUGAUGAACUGAUGCGGAUUGAAGGAAUGGGAGGGAAAGUCAUAAACUGGAAUGGUGCUAGGGUGUUUGGAGUACUUGCUAUGUCCAGAGCUAUAGGUGACCGGUAUCUGAGGCCGUGGAUUAUUCCAGUGCCUGAAAUCACUUUUACCACAAGAGUGGAUGAGGAUGAAUGUUUGAUUUUGGCAAGUGAUGGGCUCUGGGACGUCAUGACUAAUGAUGAGGUUGGAGAGGUGGCUCGGCGCCUACUAAGGAGACGCCGCCGCCUCAUGGUCGAUGAAAUCUCUCCAGCACAAGCCAUAGCUAAUUAUCUUACUGAGACGGCCUAUGGGAGGAACAGUUCUGAUAACAUAUCAAUCAUUGUUGUUGAUUUAAAAGCGAAGAGAAAGCGCCAGCAAAGGCCACAAGAGGGUUGAAGAUACAAUCUUUAUCCCUAUUACUUACAUCCCAUUACUUUCCAGCUCUAAUAUCUGGAGACAAGGAGACCAGGAAUGAUCUAGUGAUAUUUUGCAUUUCACAAUGACUAAAGGAACGAAUUUAGCUUGGAUAGCUAUCAUCCCAACCUGUACAGAGCUGACUGGCGAAAAUUUAUCGCUUCCUGGAACUAGAAUCGGUUGUUGCCAUGUAACACUAAGUCAAAAUCCUCAAUUUUAGUUGGUUUGGUCAAAAGGAAAAAGAUGACGAAGCUAGCAUUGUUCCAUAGGAAGCAAAGCACUGUUCUAUGUAACUUAUUCAACGAUUAUCCUGCAAAUGAAAGCCAAAUUGUUCUUUCUUUGCAUAUCUUCAUUUGAAUUACCAUCCGUCCACACUCUUUGCCUGGUUCCUUGGAGAAUGUUGUGUGUUUGGA